AUGUCUGCACCAUCAAUACCGAAUCUCCUGUCCCUGCGAGGUGGUCGCGGAGGCCGAGGUGGCGGGCUGCGCGCGCGGCGUGGUGGCGGCCCUGGCGGUGCUGGCGCCCAUCACGAUUCCACGAUUCAGGGCACGGAUACGGAUGCCGCUGUAUCACGGCUCAGUGCCGUCGAUGUCGGCUACCUAGACGAUCCGUACGCCGUCUUUCUAGUUUCGCGCAUGGACGGACCCCCUCAGAGAAGGUUUCCCAUCAUCAAUCGGGGGACAUACACGCGGACUGUUGCACUCGACAGUCUGAUUCAGUCUUUUCUAUCACCUGCGGCAGGAGGCACAUCAACAGAGCGGCAGAUUGUCUCUCUGGGAGCCGGCACGGACACUCGUCCUUUUCGACUGUUUGCGGGUGCUUCAUAUCCAAAGCUCACAUACCACGAAGUCGACUUUGACGUGACGAGCCGCAAAAAGCUCCAGAUCGUGCAGGCCAACCCGCAACUUUCACGUAUUUUGAAUCGCCCAGCUGAAAAAAGCUCGCAAACGUGGACGGCCCAACCCGUGCAUGGUCGUGGUGAGUACUAUUGCCACGGGAUGGACCUGCGGGACCUCGACAGCAGCAUCACCGGGCCUCUGGUUGGUCUACGAACAGACAUACCUACGUUGAUACUAUCAGAGUGUUGCUUGUGCUACCUAAAGACUGAAGAGGCCGAGCGAGUCUUGCGCUACUUUACGUCGAGAAUCGCCAACGCCGCCACCAUCAUCUACGAGCCCGUGCACCUCGACGACGCCUUUGGCAAGACCAUGGUAGCAAACCUCGCCGCGCGCCACAUCCACAUGCCGGGCAUGGACCGCUACCGAAACGCUCAGGACCAGAUCCAGCGGCUGCGCGACGCCGGCUUUCGCAGUGCCGAGUGCAAGUCUGUCGAGUCGAUAUGGGAGACGUGGAUUGACGCGUCUGAAAAGGAGCGCGUGGACCAGCUCGAGGGCCUGGAUGAAGUGGAGGAAUGGAAACUGCUUGCUGGGCAUUACAUCGUUGCUUGGGGAACAAGAGGUGAAGGGCUCGGAGCUCUGUGA